AUGGAUCCACAGUUCUUGUUCCAGAUGCACCCACCGGCAUUCCCCGACGGCUACGCCUCCACCAGCGUCGAGGAUGCGUACUUUAGAGGAGUCCAGGCCGGCCUAAACUUCCGCUCCCUACUCGACAGCGCCCCCCUCGCCACGUACGACGGCGUCCUCCGCGCGCCUCUCACCUCCUUUCCCGAUAAGGCGGCGCCUCCUCCUUUCCGCGUCGGUAGACUGCCGGAUCUCGACUCCCUCGAUACCGCCGCCGGACUGGAGUCCGGAUUCCCGAUCGCCAACCGAUUUCGCAAAGCUAGGGCACAACAACAGCCGCGGCGGCGGUCGACGGUGGCGGAGAAGGCGAGGCUCCUCCAGAAGCUGCUGCCGUCGUACAAGAGGAUGGACACGGCGGAGGUGCUGGAGGAGACGCACAAGUACAUCAGGUUCCUCGAGGCGCAGGUCGGCGUGCUCCGGUCGAUGCCCUGCCGCGACCAGUGUCUUCAGGGGGCGGCGGCGUCGGUGGGAGGCGGGAAUCUGGGGAGGCUCAACAGACAGGAGCUGCUGCAGGCGGUGGUAAACUCGCCGGCGGCUCAGGAGGUGCUCUACACCAGUGGCUGCUGCGUUUGCUCGGCCGAGCAGCUUGAGAUGAUCUACGAUCAAAACGCUAUACGGUUUUUUUGA